AUGUCGGCGAGCCCCGCAUCCCCCGCUGGCGGCGACAACAAGCAGGCAGAUCAAAUUCACUUCAAAUUCUGUCGUGAAUGUUCUAACCUGCUGUACCCGAAGGAGGACCGAGCUACUAACCAGCUCAUGUUCACCUGCCGCACCUGCCACGUUGGAGAGCCCGCUAGCUCCUACUGCGUUUACCAGAACAAGCUCAACAGCCAGGUUGGUGAUACCGCCGGUGUCACCCAGGAUGUGGGCUCUGACCCCACGGUUUGUCUCUCCGAAUUUCUUUGUGUUGCCAACUUCUGCCUUCUUUGCGGCGAGUCAGUCCUUUGCGCCGACUGUGCCCAGGCUGAGCCGAUUUUCAUGGACGACCUGGAUGUCUCGGAGAAUGAGGUUACUUGCAUGAUUAUCAAUGGCCAGGCCGACUCCGAUUCCAGCACCCAGCCCAUUGACAAUUAG